CCGUCUGGUCUGCAAGCGAUCUUCUCUCCGUGUCGUCGUAACCGAAUCCCGACCCCAAAAACUCUUGCGCUUCAAUUCAAUCCAACCACCACCCCCUUCACCCACUGUCACAAUGUCCAACCCUCAAUUCUGGUCGGCUCCUCUCCGCUACCUUCGCUGGGCCUCCCACGAAAAGCCGGCUAUCUUCUACUCCAUGAUUAUUGGAACAACGGGACCCGUCCUGCUUGUGUCUCUGCCCCCGAUCCGGCGAUUCUUCGGCGACGUUGACCCGCAACCCAUCCCAUUGACAUAUCCCAUUCCCCAGGGUCCCCGAAAGAUCCCGCAAGGCUACGACGACGAGUAAAUUCCCUCCCAUAAUGGAAAAAGAUACAAAAAAGAAAGCCCGUGGAGUUAUAUUCUGAUUCGAUUUGCUUUGGUGUAUUUAACUGGGAGUCAACUAAGCACAGUUCUGGGAACUGAACCAUGAGGGGGGGGGAAUGUGCGAAUAUGCGAAUACCUAUCUAUCAAUUGAGAGACAACUGAACUGGCGAGCGCUCAUUUUUCUUCUUCAAUAUUUCAUACCCCCCCUGGGAAAUCGCUUCAGCUAUUAUCCCUAUUUUCCGCCUGAGAGUCUUCGUAUUGAGAUUUGAGGAUGGCCUUGAGAACGGCCUUUUCAGUCCAGUGCGAGAGAUAGUGUAUUGUACAUGGAAACGAGUUGAGAAUCCUCAUUUCAGUUAUUUACGGUAUUCUCUAAGGUAUUUGGUAUAGUCUUGACAUUAAGUAGGUAUCGACGGUUGAUCUAUUCACGUGCAUCAUUUCUAUGAUAGUCCAAUGCAAUGCAACAUCC